AUGGCAACGGUUUGGUUUGCAUGUACAAAGUCAUCAAAACCAAAAGACUCAGAAACUAUAGAGACAUCAAAUGACAUACAAAUGCCAAGUUUUCCUACUGACGGAGACGGUUAUCUGAUGUCACGUGAGAGAGUUAAUUUGUUACAAGCCAAUACAAGCUCAGACAUGUCCCCACAACCAGCAACCAGAGGACUUCAACAAGAAGCCCCACAUGUUACGGCCACUGUUUCCCUUACAACGUAUAGGAGAAGUGAAAAUCCUUAUGACGUCAUUGUUGAAGCCCAGGCAUGUGAUGUUGGAUGGUUUGGCCAAGACUGUAAGCUCCAGUGCCACUGUACAAACAACAAAUGUGCAGACAACGGUACCUGCAUCAAUGGGUCAAGGUGUAAAGGGGAAUGGUUUGGUCCUGCUUGUCAGUACCAGGAUUUAGCAAUCAUUUAUACGGCCAAGUCACCUUUUGUAAGGCAAUUGUGUAAUGCUUCAGAGGCUAAUCAAAGAAAUGAAGUGUCCUGGAAAAUUCCUUAUCCUUUCACCUUUAUGUGGGUAAAGUUCAAUCCGGACACAAAACAACUGACAUCAAAUAUAAACAUCAACAUUACUGACGGAAACUCUACGUGUGACAUGAUUUACCAAUCAGCUAUCAGCCAGGACACGGUUGAGUUCAGAUGUCGGACAACAGUAAAUAUGACACGUCUUGUUUUGUCUGGGGAAAAUGUUAAAAAUAUCUGCAAUGUUUAUAUCAGUGGAGGAAGAAACGUUGCUGUUAAACAAUCUGCAAGUCAAGAUAGUACGUAUACUGACUAUGGUGGAAGUUCUAACGCUUCUAAUGCUGUAGAUGGAAACAGAAAUAGAGACUUGUUCAAGGGUUCCUGUAUGCAUACCAAGAAACAGACUGGAGAUCAGCCACAUUACUGGACAGUUAACUUUAGUGGCGAAGAAUACCGUAUCAACAGAUAUGUUUUGUAUAGUCGCUGGGAUACUUAUCCAUCAACAACUUGUUGCCCCAAAAGAAUCAGUGGGUUUACACUAACAAGUUGGAACAACAAAGGUGACCAAGUGUUCACAUACACGGCACCUGAGGCGCUGGCACUAGUCCAUACUGUUGUAUCAGGAUCACGUGAUGUUGCUGGUGUCAACGUCACAUUGGAUGUAGACUAUUUAAAUUUUUGUGAGGCCGAGGUUUAUGGAGUUGCUUAA